CGCCGGCGGCGCCCAGAUUUGAAGAAACAUAUCUAGGUCUGCGGCGCUUGCAAGUCUACUGGAGGUGUAAGCCCGAAGGCCGGAAUCCAGAAAUGGGCCGCCGGUCAUCAGAUACUGAAGAAGAAAGCAGAAGCAAGAGAAAAAAGAAACACCGUAGACGAUCUUCUUCCAGUAGUUCUUCAGAUAGUAGAACGUACAGCCGAAAGAAAGGUGGAAGGAGAUCAAGGUCAAAAUCAAGAUCUUGGUCCAGAGAUCUUCAGCCUCGCUCACAUUCUUAUGAUAGAAGACGCAGACAUCGAUCAAGCAGUAGCUCUUCUUACGGCUCUAGAAGAAAACGAAGCCGAAGUCGUUCAAGGGGUCGAGGAAAAUCAUACAGAGUUCAGAGGUCUAGGUCAAAAAGCAGAACAAGAAGGUCCCGAUCAAGACCUCGGCCACGUUCCCAUAGUCGAAGCAGUGAAAGGUCAAGUCACAGAAGAACACGUAGUCGGUCUCGGGAUAGAGAACGACGUAAAGGCAGAGAUAAGGAGAAAAGAGAAAAGGAAAAGGAUAAAGGCAAGGACAAGGAAUUACACAACAUCAAACGUGGGGAAUCUGGAAACAUCAAAGCUGGAUUAGAACAUCUGCCACCAGCUGAACAGGCCAAAGCAAGACUGCAAUUGGUUCUAGAAGCUGCUGCAAAAGCUGAUGAAGCAUUGAAAGCCAAAGAAAGAAAUGAAGAAGAAGCAAAGAGAAGAAAGGAGGAAGGUAAAGACAUGUAUUCAUUUUGUUUCAAAGCAGUCACAGUGAAGAGUCACUAUUUGACGUGAUUCUCUUCAUUCUCUGAAUAAAGCAUAAAACAUCAUUAAGUGCUUUAGGGGGUACCUCCUGCUACUUUACGAACCUAAACUAUGACACGAUGUUACACUAUAUUCAGUGUCUUGGACACUGAUGUUUGCCAGCAUAAGGUUAGUUUAGAGGCAGAAAAUCCCAAGGACAGAGGAGCCUGGUAGGCUGCAGUCCAUGGGGUCACUAAG